ACUGGCUGUUGGCUGUUACCUGUUGGCUGUCUUCUGUCGGCUGUUUGGAGGUUAUAAUUUGCGUACUGGGCAGCGGGCCCAUAAUUGGUGGUCUGGACCACGAGUCCACCGCUCGUCGAGAGGAUGUGUGAAAAUUUUCAGUGUCGGCCUGGGGCGUUUGAAAAUGCAGCUGGCGCAAAUGUGCAUUCAAAUGGAUCUUUUGUUUGCCGGCUUUCACUGCUGACGCCGCUUGGCAUUUGUAUUUGGCAACGCAUUUCACACUUUGAGUGGUGAAAAUCUCUCUGACGCACAACUCAGAAACUGAAAUCGAAGCCGAAAAUCAUUGGAAAGCCCCCUAAAAACCUGGAAAAUGUCGUGGGAUACUCAGGAGUGUAGCAAUCAAGAUGAGGAAUUCGAAAGGCCCAGCAGGACCCUGGUUCUGGUAAUCUUCACCCUGGCCGUUUUCCUCAAGUUGUGCAUCAUUCUGGUGGAGAUUAUGGUGUGAGGGAAUUACCUGCAAUGAGACAAGGGAAAAGGUCGUAAUUAGUUGCCGUUUUCUUAAAUUUUCCCAAUUCACAGAGAUAAGUGUAAACAAAGAACUAUAAAAAGCCGAUUCAGUGCGAUCAAAUGGUAA